AUACAUAAAAAUAAUUGAAGCAAAAGAAACUGAUUAAGGAGAGAGAGAUAUGGAGAACAAGUGGAGUGCUGUGAUGAUUUUGGUUUUGGUGGUGAUGGCUGCCAUCAGUGGAGAAGCAGCGGAUCAAGCAGCGGAUCCAUGCGCCGCAGUAGAGAAGAAAUGUUUAUCAGUGUGCCGCAAGAGGAGUAGUAACGAGGGAAUACUGGCUACUUGCGUCAUAUUUUGUGUGAUAACAGAAUGCAAGGCUUUUCCACUUCCACCUACUAGUGCCUUUUACUCUGCUUUACAUUCGCAGAGGAAGACUAUAGCGGAAUGGAUCAAGAAUGAAGCAUAGAGAUAGUUUCCAAAUUUUCAUGAUGGAAUCUUUUAUUUUCUUUUCUUUCUACAUGUUUAAGAAAAUAUAAAAUAAGAUUUUUUUA